AUGGGCAGCAGUGGAAAGCAAAAAGUUGUUGCCUGGACCCCAGUAAACAAGCCGCUGAAACGUGUUCAGAUUGAAAGUUGUCCGGUGGAAUCGGUGUAUGAUCUUCGGGAAGACGGUGAUUCGCGAGAUGUUUAUGAUGAUGCUACUGCAUUUCGACGACCGCGCUCUAAUAGUUCCGAUUUUCUCAUUCUGCGGAAGACAUCGAGACCGAUAUCUGUGGAUGUGGUUGGCCUUUUGCAAAAGGCAUUCAAAGUGCUGAUCGAAUGGGGCGUUGGAUCGGCGGUUGUCUGGAGCAGUAAGCUGCAGCGUGUUACUUCUCUACUUUGCCUUACCGAUUUCCUCAACACGCUGCUCUCGGAUUCGAGCGAAGAAUCGACGCCGGUCGAGCAAGCAGUUUCAUCCAAUCAACUGGUUUGGCUCAGUGCUUCAUGCAAAUUGUUGGAAGCGUGCCAUGAAUUUUGCUCGAAUCGAGUUCAUCGGAUAGUGAUUUUGGAUCAGGCUGGCGACGUCUUCUACCUUCUCACCAUCAAACGAAUCCUACAAGCAGUCCAUAAACAGGUUCGGGAAAACGAUAGUUUGGAGACGGCAGCACGUAAAAUGCUCGAUUUCCGUAUCUCAAGCGUUCCGAUCCUGGACAGCGAGGACCGGCCUGUUGAUGUGAUCAGCAAAACGGACAUCGCCUACGCUCUGGCCGACGUCAAAAAUUUCAAAGUUUGUACUAAAAAUAUGCCAAAAAUACAAAGAUCACCGGGGCAUCAAAGUGGAUAA